CAGAAGAAGGUUAUAAAGCUCUGGCUUCAGCUCUGAGAUCAAACCCUUCACACCUGAUAGAGCUGGAUCUCACAGGAAAUGAUCCUGGACAAUCAGGAGUGAAGCAGCUCAGUGAUUUACUACAGGUUAAAAACCAUAAACUAAAACUGAGGUUUUUGGGUCCUACUGCAGAUGAAGCCUGUCAGUAUGUGAAAGGAAUUGUGGGUAAAAACCCAUUACUCCUGAGAGAACUGAAUCUGAGUGAAAAUAAGCUGCGAGUGAAUCAGAUCACUGCUCUACUGCAGGAUAAACACUGUAAACUCAACACACUGAUGUUGAAGAAUAGCAGUAUUACAGAAGAAGGUUGUGCUGCUCUGAUUUCAGCGUUUGAUUCAAAUCCUUCAAACCUGAUCGAGCUGGAUCUGAGUGGAAAUAAACUAGGAAACUCAGGAAUAGAGAAGAUCUGUCUUCUGUUGAAAAAUCCUCAAUGCAAAUUCAUGAAACUGAAACUCUCAGAGUGCAGUAUCACAGAAGAAGGUUAUAACGCUCUGGCUUCAGCUCUGAGAUCAAACCCUUCACACCUGAUAGAGCUGGAUCUCACAGGAAAUGAUCCUGGACAAUCAGGAGUGAAGGAGCUCAGUGAUUUACUACAGGAUCCAAACUAUCAACUGAAGACACUGAGGUUUUUGGGUCGUGCUGCAGAAGAAGCCUGUAAAUAUCUGACUGAAGUUCUUCACAUUAAAAACCCGUUACUCCUGAGAGAACUGAAUCUGAGUGAACAUGAACUAGGAGACACAGGAGUGAAUCAGAUCUCUGCUCUACUGCAGGAUAAACACUGUACACUCAACACACUGACGUUGAAGAAUAGCAGUAUUACAGAAGAAGGUUGUGCUGCUCUGAUUUCAGCGUUUGAUUCAAAUCCUUCAAACCUGAUCGAGCUGGAUCUGAGUGGAAAUAAACUAGAAAACUCAGGAAUAGAGAAGAUCUGUCUUCUGUUGAAAAAUCCUCAAUGCAAAUUCAUGAAACUGAAACUCUCAGAGUGCAGUAUCACAGAAGAAGGUUAUAACGCUCUGGCUUCAGCUCUGAGAUCAAACCCUUCACACCUGAUAGAGCUGGAUCUCACAGGAAAUGAUCCUGGACAAUCAGGAGUGAAGCAGCUCAAUGAUUUACUACAGGAUAAACAGUGUUCAUUAAAGACCAUCAGGUUUUUGAAAAGUCCUGCUGCACAGGAAGCGUGUGAGUAUCUCACUAAAGUUCUGGGCACAAGUCCAUUAUUACUGACAGAACUGGAUCUGAGUGAAGAUAAAUUAGGAGAUCUGGAUGGAGAGAAACUCUCUGCUCUUUUGGUGGACUCUCACAGCAAACUGGAGAAAAUGAAGCUGAAUAAUUGUGAGCUGACAGAGAAAAGCUGUUCAGUUCUAGCUACUGUUCUCUCCUCCAAAACCAUCCUGAAAGAGAUGAACCUGAACAACAGUCGUCUGCUGGACUCAGGAGUCAAAGUGAUCUGUGAGGGACUGAAGAAAUCUGUGUGUGAGCUGAAGAUACUCAAGUGA